CUUACCCGCUGCUCCCCGCAGGCAGAGCCCGGCCGAGCCACGCCGAGCCGCGGGGCCGGGAUGGACGCGGCGGGGAGGAGGAGGAGGAGAUGGAAGGGUGGCACCAGCUGUACCCCGGGCACAUCCCCACCAGCCCGCUGCAGAAGGCGCUGCUGGCCGCCGGCUCCGCGGUCAUGGCGCUCUAUGACCCCUACAGACACGACAUGGUGGCAGUCCUUGGGGAGACCACAGGCUGCCUGGCCCUGCCAAACCUGCGAGACAAGAUGAAAAACCAUCCUGAAGGUCACCGCAUCCUCCAGGAGCGGCCUCGCAUCCAUCUCUCCACGCUGGACAUGGCCAGGCUGCAGGGGCUGCCGGAGGGCUCGCUGGGCAGGGAGUACGUCCGCUUCCUGGAGGACAACAAGGUUUCUCCAGACACACGGAUGCCGCCCAAGUUUGUUGAUGAUGAAGAGCUGGCAUAUGUGAUCCAGCGGUACCGGGAAGUCCAUGACCUGAUGCACACCCUCCUGGGCAUGCCAACCAACAUGCUGGGUGAGGUGGUGGUGAAGUGGUUUGAAGCCGUCCAGACGGGGCUGCCCAUGUGUGUCCUGGGAGCAGCGUUUGGCCCUGUCCGGCUCAGCACACGAAAGCUGCAGGUCCUGGCCACCGAGUUGGUUCCCUGGGCAAUUCGGAGCGGGCUCAACGCCAGCUGUGUCCUGAACGUCUACUACGAGCAGCGCUGGGAGCAGCCAGUGGAGUCCCUGCGGGAGGAGCUCGGCAUCUUCCCUCCCCCGGCUGUCCGAGUGUGAGAGCUCACCUUGGGAAGGGCCCAGGGGAUCCCUUGGCAGCUGCACCCCACAUCGUCCAUCCUCCUGCCCUGCCCGGGAGUAUGGCGUGGCCAUGCUCUGCCACCCCGGACCCGAGGGCUCUGUUUUCUCCUGCCAAGAGCUGGCACCAACCUGUUGGUAGGGGCAACUGGCACCUCCCUGUGCUGUGACAAAAAACUCGACAUUAUUUUGCUGUUUGUGAUUUUGGUUGUGGGAUGUCAAGGUCAGAUGUGCCUUUGCCAGCUGGUCUGGCUGCUCAGGUCUCCCAGCAGCAGCAUUCUGGUAUUGAUGCUCCCAAAUGCUGGGAUGGGGAGGGAGCACACUGCAGCAAACUGAUGCCUUGGCCUUCUGCAGCUCUGGGGCUGUGCAGGUAAAUCCUUCCUCCCACCCUUCCCAUCCUGGGAAGAUCGAGGCUUCAAGUCUUGGGGCUGCCCUGGGCUGGAGCUAAACCCAUGAUUUCCGGAGAAGCGCAGGGGGCAGGUUUGGUGUGUGCAGUGGUGAAAUCCCAUCUGGUAUUGGUGCCUCACUGUUGGGUCAUAUUGGAUGUUUCUCAUUCCUGCCUUAGAGACCAGGCAAUGUGUGAUUGUGUGCCCACGGGGCAGGCAGGGAAACACCUUUGGGUAUUUUCCCUCCUGGAUUGGCUGUUUUGAGAGCCGAUCCCAGUUUGCUGUGUCUCCCUGAAGUUCCUCCCCAUCAAAAAUGAUGAAAUCCAUGUUAUUGUGCUGGCUGUUCAGUAGGAAUCAUGCCAUCCUUGGGCAACAGAAUGACACAGUUGGGAUUAUGGGAUUGAAUCCAGUGAGUGCAGAAACAGCGGAUGCUGGUGCUGUGUCUGGGAGCUGAUUGCUGUCUGGGUUAAUUAAACUGUGCUCCAGACUGGCAGUAGCCAGGGAGCAGAGUUGCUGGAUGUGAUGGCAAAGAGCCACGAGGCCAGAGGCUCUUUGUUCAUGUGUGUUUGCUGUUGGAAUUCCUCCUUGUUUAAUAAAAUCCACACUGGGACUUGUAGUU